AUGGUCAGGGUCCCCCCUUCCUCUCCAGAGCCAUCACCGGUGUUCUACCUCCCUCACCAUGGAGUUCUCAAGGAUGACAGCAUUACCACAAAACUACGAGUGGUGUUUAACGGAUCCAGCCUCACCAGUACGGGAUCUUCUCUCAACGAUAUUCUGCACACGGGUGCAAAACUCCAAGCAGACAUCUCAGAUAUCUUACUCUGGGUGCGACGACACCGGUACAUCUUUAUAUCUUUAUCCACCAAAAUGUUCCGCCAAAUUCAAGUUCAUCCGGACGAUUGGGAUCUCCAACGGAUCCUCUGGGUAGAUGAUCAGCUCAACAUCAUUCCGUACCAACUCACGACGGUCACAUAUGGCACCCGAUCAGCUCCCUUCUUGGCUGUUCGCGUCCUCCUCCAACUAGUUGAAGACGAAGGUAGGAACUACCCCCUGGCGGUCUCUCCUCUUCUCAAGGGCAGGUAUGUGGACGACAUCUGUGGUGGUGCCGACACUCUCCCGGAGCUGACCUCCAUCGCUCACCAACUAGUGAACCUCUGCAAGGCGGGCGGCUUUCCUCUGGCGAAGUGGCAGAGCAAUCAUCCUGAACUACUCCAGGCUCUUCGUACGGACAUCACCGCCGCGACGCCGCACUCGUUUGAUGACGCUCAAGGCAAAAUUUUGGGACUCACAUGGCAUCCUCACUCUGAUCAGUUCGUCUUCUCGUGCAAGGCCUCCAACCGGCCCGUUAUCACCAAACGGACUAUACUCUCAGAAGUAGCGCAAAUAUUUGAUCCUCUGGGAUUCCUAUCUCCGGUAAUCAUCAGAGCUAAGGUGCUCAUCCAGGAACUGUGGCUAGAAAAGGUCGGCUGGGAUGACUGCCUCUCGCCGCAACUUCGACAUCGGUGGACGCACUUACGUUCAGAGCUGUCUGACCUGACUUCCAUCACGAUUCCUCGGUGGCUGUCUCUCACGCCGUCAACCAUGGUCGAGCUUCAUGGAUUCUCGGAUGCUUCGCAACUCGCCAUGGCGGCUGCGGUUUAUAUCAAGGUCAUUUCUCAUCCAACGGAGCCAAUCAUCACGCUAGUGUGCGCCAAAACCAAGGUCGCACCUCUCAAAAGGCUCACCAUUCCCCGACUGGAACUCACGGCAGCGGUUCUACUCUCUCGUCUCAUCAGCUAUGUUCAACGAACACUAGAACUCGCGGAGAUACCAAUCUACUUGUGGACGGACUCUUCGGUAUCGCUCACCUGGAUAAACAGUCAUCCCUCUCGCUGGAAAGACUUUGUUCGUAAUCGAGUAGCGGCAAUUCAAGAACGCGUACCUCAAGGACAUUGGCGGUUUAUUCCCGGCAAGGAGAACCCAGCCGACUGUGCUUCUCGCGGCCUCUCUUCCGCUCAACUCUCUCGGCAUCAUCUUUGGUGGAAUGGUCCCUCAUGGUUAGCACAGCCUCCUCAACAUUGGCCAAGCAUGGCAUCUCAGCCGGAUUCGGCGGCGACUCUUGAGGAACGGCCCGGUCUUCUUCUCACCUCCUCAACGGCAAAGCAACACCACCUCUGGGAACUCCUCUAUCGUUACUCAUCACUCAUACGGCUUCUUCGGAUCACUGCUCUCUGUCAACGGUGUUGCGCGAUCCUCAAAGGUAUACCACAGUCCUCUCUGGCCACCCCCCUCACACCUGCAGACCUCGAAAGUUCACGACUAUAUUGGAUUCGGUCAGUCCAAUUGGCUUACUUCUCAUCUGAACUGACAAUAAUCUCAAGCGGACCACACUUGUCAAGGUCUCAUCCUCUCGCCAAGUUUACGGCCUUCAUCGAUCAUUCGGGCAUCCUCAGAGUCGGAGGCCGACUCAGACAGUCUCAAUUGGACCCUGAAUGCAAGCACCCAGCCAUCUUGCCACGGGAUUCAUAUCUGUCUCAACUCAUUAUAUCGGACGCUCAUCUAAGGACUCUUCACGGCGGAACUCAGGUAACCUUGACAUAUCUUCGCCAGGCUUACUGGAUCGUUGGUGGCCGAGCCCCAGAAUUCUCGGAACUCGCUCAGCUACUAACUCAUGACGGCACCACUUGGGUCUUUAAUCCCCCGGCAGCCCCCCACUUCGGCGGUAAAUGGGAGGCCGCAGUCAAAUCGGUCAAGCAUCACCUACGACGGACUAUAGGCGAGACUGCCCUAACCUAUGAAGAACUUACAACUCUUCUGGUCCAAAUCGAGGCAGUCCUCAACUCUAGACCAUUGUGCCCACUGUCAGAUGACCCGGAAGACCUGGCAACUCUCACUCCCGGGCAUUUCAUCAUCGGAGCAGCGCCAACAACAAUUCCUGAGCCAUCUCUCACCUCAGUGCCUCUCACAAGGCUGUCUCGGUGGCAGCUCAUUCAGCAGCAACUCCAACACUUCUGGUCGCGUUGGUCAGCUGAAUGUCUUCAACGUCAGCUCGCAAUAUCAAAAUGGCAUCAUCCCUCCACGCAAAUCAAGGUCGGCUCUCUUGUACUUCUCACGGAUGAGAGAUUCCCUCCAUCAAAAUGGCCUCUUGCUCGGGUCACACAACUUCAUCUUGGUUCGGACGGUCUAUGCAGAGUGGUCACCCUCAAGACGGCCACCACAGAACUCAAGCGGCCUAUCACCAAGUUAGCAGUGCUUCCGAUGACACCAGAUCAACCCUCACUCACAAGGCAAUCAACUACUGAUCCGGCCUCACCAUCAUCAAGAUCAUAA